AUGACGGUGAGCAAGUCAGAAACGGCCAUCCCAGUCUCCUUUGUCUUCGUCGAUGUUAUUAUUCUGUCUAUGAUACUGGAUGCUAUACGGCUGCUAGCGGAGCUCGAGGGUCAAGCAUAUGCUCCCGAGUCUCUGAUGCAGGAACCAUUCCUUGCAAAAUGGCAAAUGAAUAUUGACAUCGCGGCUAAGCACUACGGCUACUGCGAAGAUGGCUGUCCAUCAACGAUUUUCGAAUGUUUGGAACAGGCACUUAGCUGGCUCCAGACAGGCCACAUUCCGGUUGCGUUGCUGGGUCGUCAUUUUUUACGUCACCUUCUCGUGUUUUCCCACUCCGAGGCCGCCAAGGAAGCAAUCCUCUUUCGUGUAUUUGAACACAUCGGUACCACCCUUGCCUGUCCUGUUACCGACUCGGUUACCAGACUCCUUUCUCAUUUAAUCUCGUUGGUCAACGACUUCCUCCACCUUCACGACGACCCGCUUCAGCCUCGCAUCUUUCAGCAGCUGGAUAGCUUCUUCCCGAGCUUCCCGAGCUCCUUGCUAGACCAAAUCUUGCGUCUGGCAGAGAAGAUGACGGAGUUUAUCCUCUAUGGGUCUAUUAAAUUCAGUCUCACACCUGAGCCGUCGCUCUUCUAUUCACAUGAAAGUGAACGUUUGGUGGCCCUGGUCUGCGACACUUCCUUUUCAACGGAUCCUGAUCCCACCCUACUCUUACAACACUUAGCCGCUUCUGAAAAUGUGCGUACUCCCGAGCAGCGUUUGAUCAACCUUCAUCCAUUUCGGACCCUCCUCUAUGUUGUUGUGCGUGUCGCAGGAUCACUGAGCUUGGAAUCGCCGCGACUGCCCUGCCUUUUGGAUGCCUUUAGAAAGGCAGUUGUCGCUGCUGCUGCGGGCUCUACUAACUACCCUGACCACUACCACGAAACCUUGUUGGAAAGAGGCGCUGUCCAAAUUUUUCUGACAGACGAUGUGCGCCUAUUCCGCGUGCUUUUGACACUACUGCAGCUUGAAAAUAAACUAUUAAAAGCCGGGAUGCCUAUAGUGGUUAAGGUGCCAUCGGCACACCAGCUUUUUGCCGAGCUUCUCAGGGCCAUCUGCUUCGAACACUUCACGUUCCUUGAUUGGCUGGUCUCGCCCGAGACUGACUGCCUCGCGUUUUUGCUGUCCUACUGCAAGCGUGUUGUUGCAUCGUCCAUGACCGCAGCUGACUGGGCUCUGCCGGCG